AAACACCCUUUCUCAAGAUGUUUAUUAACCACUAUAAUAUGGCUAAACUCAUCACCUUUCUUCACGUUCUUGUAACCAUGUUCACUCCUUUUGUUGUUGUACAUGGUGCCAAUCCUUCGAUGACAUUAUCCGUAUGUGGUCAAGCUCCUUAUCCCGAAAUUUGCACAUAUUUGGUUGGAAAGACUAGUAUAGAAAUGCCGUUGGAGGUUCGCAAAGUGACCCUCUUGUCCACUUUGGCUCAAGCCGAACAUGCCCACAAGCUUGUUAUGGCUAUGGACUUGAGCUCGUUUGAACCACGGGCUAAGUCAGCUUGGACUGACUGUUUGGAGCUAUAUGACGACACGAUUUAUCAACUAAACCGUUCGCUUGGCUCCACCAACAGUCAUGAUAUCCAAACAUGGCUUAGCUCGGCCUCUACCAACCAUGAAACAUGCCAAAAUGGUUUUCAUGACUUUCAUUUGUCUUCUCAUUUUCAAACUUUUAAAGCUUCUUUAAGUGGCUUCUCAAAGUACCUUAGCAACUCUCUCGCUAUAAACAAAGCCUUAACUCCAUUACUUACAACUUCCAAACAACUCAAAGGGAGAAGACUCAUGGAAACCAAUAAUUUCCCAAAAUGGUUGUCUAAAAGUGAUAGAAAGCUUCUUGAAACGCCCUCGGGUACCCCCUCGGCCGAUCUUGUGGUCGCACAAGAUGGGUCAGGUAGCUACAAGACCAUAUCCGAGGCAAUAGCGGCCGUGCCUAAGCUUAGAAAAGGAACCUCAAGGUUUGUCAUACACGUGAAAGCAGGAGUGUACAAGGAGAAUGUAGACAUCAAGAAAAGUAUACGUAAUUUGAUGCUUGUUGGAGAUGGUAUGGGUUCUACAAUCGUUACUAGUGGUAAAAAUAACGAUGAUGGUUCGACAACUUUCGGGUCUGCAACCUUUGGGGUUUCUGGAGCCGGGUUCAUCGCUAGAGACAUGACGUUUGAGAACACGGCUGGGCCCUCAAAGCACCAAGCCGUGGCCUUUCGGUCCGGGUCAGACAUGUCGGUCGUGUUCGGGUGCGCUUUUAAGGGCUACCAAGAUACAUUAUAUGUAUACUCUGGACGUCAGUUUUACCGCAACUGUCAAGUAUACGGGACACAAGAUUUCGUGUUUGGCAACGCAGCCGCGGUUCUCCAAAGUUGCAACAUAUAUGUACGAAAACCACUAGGUGGUCAAACGAACACAAUCACUGCUCAAGCCCGUACUGACCCGAACCAAAAUACUGGCAUUAUUAUACACAACUCGGCUGUCACGGCCGCUUCGGAUUUGAGAGGCUCGGUGGGUUCGGUCAAGACUUUUCUCGGUCGACCUUGGAAAGCAUACUCGCGAACGGUAUUCAUGAAGUGUUCUCUCGAUAGUUUAAUCAACUCGGCCGGCUGGCUACCGUGGAGCGGCGGUUUUGCUUUAAAAACAUUGUACUACGGUGAGUACAUGAACACCGGUGCUGGUGCGAGCACCGGUGGUCGAGUGAAGUGGCCGGGAUAUCAUGUUAUAACAAGUGCGACUGACGCGAUGAAGUUUACCGUUGGUGAUUUCUUGGAUGGUGGUUCAUGGAUUCCAGGGACCGGUCUACCGUACACAGCCGGACUAUGAAGAUGCACAUAAGUUUGAUUAUAUGUUAAGGUUAUGUUUGUCAUGUCAUAAACAAAAUGUACCAUAAUUAAAAAUGGUACUUUUUGUUAAAUGAAAAUGACUUGUAGUAAAUGGAAUUGUGAAUGUCAUUACCUUGUUUGGUACUAUUUCAAUUUGUAUAUAUGAAAAUGGAUUAUGCU